CUAUCAAACCUAUGAAAAGACAACCUGAAUAUAAGAUUACUUCUUCUUUUUCUAUCGAUUUCAAGAGAAACAUGGCUAAGUCUUCCACAAUAUACUUCUUGCUAGCCCUUCUGUUCUUCGCCUCCUUAGGUGGAGCAAAGAUGACAGUGGAAGCUAAAGACUGCUCAGCUCUAUGGGACUGUAGUCGCGGAGGGGAUCAAUGUUUCAACGAAUGCAAGAGUCGUUACGGUGGACAAGGAUUGUGUGACCUCGGCACUGCUCCUGGUGUUCCUCGACAAUGCUUUUGUGCUUAUAAAUGUUAGAGAGGGAAAAAAAUAAUUUAGAUUAUAUAUGGAGUUCUAAUAAACAAUGUAAUAACUAAUUACAUAUAUGUUGACCAUAUAUGUAAUACAAAUAAGAAGGAGAAAAGCUGAAGUCUCGGGAAAUUCUCUAAUCUUUCUUUCCAGAUAAAGCAACAAAACCUUAACUAGUCCAGACUGUUUACUUUUCGAGAAAUUCUUAGGUGCUUCGGGAGCACCACGUUGGAAUGCUUAUGUGGUACUCCCGGCCAAUGAAGUUGUGCCACGUGGCCGCAAUUAAUAAAAUAAAAUGGU